GUAGAAUCAAUUUCAUUCUACAAGAUGGACACGAAAAAACUUUCGUUGAGUGUAAGAUAUUUAUGUGUACGAGCCGUCAGAAAAUGGGAGGUUGCAGAACAACCACGUGGGAUGAACCCUAAUGCCACGUGAGGAGUAGUUUUUAUUAAAUGAAUCUCUGGCCAAACAAAAUCUACCAAAUCGAGUUGUGUAUAGCAAUUUUUAUUUGCAGUCUCCCAUUUUCCGACAACUCGUACACGUUAGUAUCUUACACACAGCGAAGUUUUUUCGUGUCCAUUUUGUUGGUAACUUCUCUUGAAAUCGAACGGAUCAAUUUAUGCUGGGUUAUAUAUAUACAUUUUGAUUGUGAUUAAGAUAUCAGAAGAAAAUGGAAGUAGGAGGAGGAGAAGCAAGAACAGAGGUAGAGAACAAGCAAAUCAUCUUCAAGGGAUUCAUAGAGACAACUCCAACGGAGACAGACAUGGAAUUGAAGCUUGGCAACAAGAUUAAGCUCAAGGCUCCAAAGGGUUCUGGCUCGUUAUUGGUCAAGAACCUCUACCUUUCUUGCGAUCCUUACAUGCGUGGCCGUAUGCGCGAAAACUACGACUCCUACAUUCCUCCUUUCACUCCUGGUUCGGUCAUCCAAGGAUUCAGUGUGUCCAGAGUUGUGGAUUCUGAUAACCCGGAUUUCAAGCCUGGUGAUCUGAUUGCAGGGUUGAUGGGUUGGGAAGAAUACAGCUUGAUUCAGAAAACUGAAAAGUUGAGGAAAAUUCAGCCAGAUGAUAUCCCCCUCUCAUACUAUGUUGGUCUUCUCGGUAUGCCAGGUUUUACUGCAUAUGCUGGUUUUUUUGAGGUUUGCACCCCUAAAAAAGGAGAAAAUGUUUUUGUUUCCGCUGCCUCUGGAGCAGUUGGUCAGCUUGUAGGCCAACUUGCCAAGUUACAUGGAUGCUAUGUAGUUGGAAGUGCUGGCACAAACCAGAAAGUGGAUCUUUUGAAGAAUAAACUUGGGUUUGAUGAAGCUUUGAACUACAAAGAAGAGCCAGACCUCGACAUAGCUUUAAAAAGGUACUUUCCCGAAGGCAUUGACAUUUACUUUGACAAUGUAGGAGGAGCCAUGCUUGAUGCAGCCCUUGUCAACAUGAGGAUUCAUGGCCGGAUUGCAGUUUGUGGUAUGGUUUCCCAGCAAGGCAGGUAUGAUCCCCAUGGGGUUCACAACUUGUUCAAUCUCGUAGUAAAGCGCAUAAGGAUGCAGGGCUUCCUUCAGAGUGAUUACUUGCAUCUAUUUCCACGCUUUCUGGAAGAAGUUAUUAGUUUGUACAAGCAAGGGAAGAUUGUUUACAUUGAAGACAUGAAUGAAGGUUUGGAAAGUGCUCCGGCUGCCUUUGUUGGGCUAUUUUCUGGGAAAAAUAUCGGUAAGCAGGUCAUACGUGUAGCCCGUGAAUAGUUCUUGCAUGUUUGGUGCGUCUUAUGCUACUUGUUAGAUAUAUGGAACUCUUAUUAGAGCCAUCUGCCACAAAUUUCACACUCCAUUUACUUGUGUAUCCUUGCAAAUAAGGGUCAUUAUGUGUUUGAGACAUCUGACUCCAUUUACUGGUGUAUCCUUGCAAAUAAGGGGUUAUUAUGUGCUUGAGA